UGUGGUACCACUAGUUCGUGAUAAGGAUCAAUUAGGUAUGAUGAAUAAUAGCACUGGUCGUAAGUCACGGGUCACUGGUGAGAAAGAGCUUACUCAGGAACCGUCUCAGAUGAUAGCCCAAGACAGUGAUGAAAUCUUCCCAAAGCAGAGCGACGUAGAGCAUGGUGUAGCUAGAGAACACGAAUUGGUUGAUAAAAAUAAAAUCCUUGGUGCAGCUGUCAACGGAACCUUGAAAUCUGCACUUGAGUCUGCUUCUUCUGAACCGCUGGGGAAGGAUGUUGAUUCUCAACCCCAAAAGAAUGAUUACCAAAAACUCUCAGUUAAGGGAUCGAGCAAGCAAAGAGAUUCUUCAAAUAAAGAGAAGAGCGCAAAACAAGUUUUUUCAAAUCAGCCAAAAGUUCUUCUGGUGAUACUGAACAAAUAGAGAAGGCAGAACCAUCAGGGAAGGAGAAUUGGAUAGAGAAAAAUUACCAUGAAUUUUGAGCCUGUUGUUGAAAAAAUGAGAGCAGGAUUUAGGGAUAAUUAUAUGGCCGCAAGAGAGAGAGAAACUCAGGAGCCAGGUACGGUUGCUGAAAGUGCAGAAGUUUACCGCAGUGAGUAUAAUGAUGAGCUUGAGUGGGUGAAGGACGAAAAGCUAAGAGACAUUGUCUUUCUUGUUCGAGAUAAUGAGCUGGCUGGUAGGGAUCCAUUUCACCUGAUUGAUGCUGAAGGCAAAAGCUAUGUUCUUGAAAGGCUUGGAGAAGAAAGUUGAGAAAGAAAAUGAGAAACUGUCUCAUCUGCAUCAGUGGAUUCACUCAAACGUUGAAAUUUGAAAACCUGGACUACGGAGUAGAUGGCAUCAGUGUGUAUGAUCCACCAGAAAAGAUCAUACCGAGAUGGAAAGGGCCUUCGCUUGGUAAGAAACCCGAGUUUCUCAAUAACUAUCAUGAACGUCGUGAAGCAUUGUUUUCUGGAAAAGCUGCAUCUUUAUCUUCUGUGAAAUAUGAAGAACAGAGCUCUCAUCAGGAAUUCUCAGCGUCUGCUUCCUCUGAGAACACUCUCACCCCUUCAUCUGAAAUUACCUCAAGCCAGCCAAAGAUUGCUGUAGUCUUGUAGAAGGAAGUGAUGGCUCUGUUAGACCUGGUAAAAAAUCAGGAAAGGAGUAUUGGCAGCACACGAAGAAAUGGUCACGUGGGUUCCUCGAGUUUUACAAUGCAGAGACUGAUCCAGAAGUGAAAGCUGUUAUGAGAGACAUGGGAAAAGACUUGGACCGAUGGAUUACAGAA